AUGGCGAGUCACCGAUUCAACGCGCAAUUCACCGACAAUGUCAUCAACGCCAUGGGCCCAAAUACCUCACCACGCAUCCGUCAGGUGAUGGCGAGUCUCAUCCGCCAUGUCCACGACUUUGCGCGCGAAAAUGAAAUCACAGUCGACGAGUGGAUGGAGGGAGUGAAGCUUCUGAAUUGGGCGGGUCAGAUGAGUGAUGAGAAACGAAACGAGGGCCAGUUGGUCUGCGAUGUACUCGGAUUGGAGUCUUUGGUCGACGAAAUCACCUUCACUCUUGCCGACGAAGCCAAAGAUGCACCCACGGCAACCGCCAUUCUAGGCCCCUUCUUCCGCGCCGAUACUCCCUAUCGUCAGAACGGGGCCGACAUUGCUGUCACCAAGCCCAAAGAAGGUGGCGAGAUGGUCUUCAUGCACGGUAGCGUCAUCGACUUCAAAACCAAGCAGCCUCUUGCCGGCGCGGACGUCGAAGUCUGGCAAGCUUCGACAAAUGGACUCUAUGAGCAGCAGGAUCCGGACCAGGCGGAGCAUAAUCUGCGUGGGAAAUUCAAGACGGAUGAUGAGGGCCGAUACUACUUUUACUGUUUACGGCCGACCCCGUAUCCUAUUCCAAACGAUGGACCCAGUGGCAAGCUGCUUACCUUGAUGGACCGGCAUCCGUUCCGUCCAGCCCAUAUUCAUAUUCUGGCCACCAAAGAAGGCUACCGUCCUCUGACAACUCAGAUUUUCGAUCGCCAAGACAAGUACCUCGACAAUGACUCGGUGUUUGCGGUCAAAGAGUCAUUGAUCGUGGACUUUGUUCCUCGGAAGGAGGACCCCAACGCGAGCUUGGAGCUCCAGUACGAUGUGAAGCUUGUUGCUGACUCUGCCUAG